AUGGUGGCACAGCGAUUUGGCGCCACGCCGCAGGACGACCUGACGACUGAACCAGAUCGGCCCCUGGAUAACAUCGGAGAGGACACCCAUCUCUUGGGUGUCGAUGUUGAUGGAGCUCCAAUAAAGAGCGCUGGCAAGGGCUGGGACAACCUGGUGGACUUCGAGGACUUGCCGUGGUGGAAACGACCAUCCGUGUUUUGGCUUUUGUUCCCCUAUGCACUCUAUACACUCGCAUUUGGGAGCAUGAUUGUCCCCAAGUUGAACCUAAUCCUGAACCUCGUGUGUCAACAUCAUUUCGCGAAUCAGAAGCUCCAGGAUCCCCGUCCGUCGUUCGACAGCAUCAUAAUUGGCAGCGAUAACCCGCAGUGCAAAGGCCCAGAGGUUCAAAAGCUUGCCGCCACCUUCAUGCUGGUUAUGAACCUUUGCACCGGGAUGCAUAGUGCCUUUGCCGCCCCCAAGAUCGGACAUUUGUCAGAUAGACAUGGUCGGCGCCGGCUUCUCGCGCUAGCUUGCUGCGGCGGGCUGUUGGGAGAGCUCAUCACCAUCCUGGCUGCCACAUUCCCUCAGACUGUCCACUACCGCUGGCUGCUGCUUGGCUCCAUUUUGGAGGGCUUCACCGGAUCCUUCACAGCCGUGGGCCUCCUCAUACAGUCAUAUACCAGCGACUGUACUCCCCCGUCCAAGCGUGCCGUCGCCCUCGGUUAUGUUCAUGCCUGCGUCUUCAUCGGCUUUGCCCUGGGACAGUUUCUGGGAGGGGAAAUCGUCAAGCUGACCGGAAGCUUGAUCUCCGUCCUCUACGUUUGCUUGGUGGCUCACAGCGUCUUCAUCCUCCUGGUGUGGUUUGUCGUCCCGGAAUCACUGUCGAAAAAGAAGCAAGUGGCAGCGCAAGAGAAGCAUCAUCAAGAGACCCAGCAGCGGGCAGGACAUGUCUCCUCCUCGUGGAUAUCUUGGGCCCGAGAGAAGAACCCACUUGCCGCACUUUCGAUCCUCUGGCCGCGAGAGCGUGGGACUUCGACAAGACUGCGCGUCAAUCUGGUCGCUCUCGCCGCUUGCGACAUGAUCAUGAUGGGAAGUGCCGUGGCGGCCAGCCAAGUAAUUAUUCUCUACGUCGAGUACGUUUUUGACUGGAAGACGCCAGAGGCGUCACGAUUCAUUGCGGCCACUUCUCUGGUGCGUGUCGUGGCUCUCAUGGGUGUUUUCCCCGUCAUCAACUACUAUUUUCGAGUCCGCCCUGCUGCCAGGAGAAGACGAGAGUCGGGUUUCGUUCCGCUGGACAAGAACAACGGCGCUGACAAUGUUGACAUCUGGAUCCUGCGGCUUGCUCUUUUGUCCGACGUCCUGGGUUUCGUUGGAUACACUGUCGCGAGAUCCCCAGCGCUCUUGGUUGCUAGCGGCAUGAUUACUGCGUUUGGGGGUCUUGGAGGUGCGACCAACCAAUCGGUCGUGACAAAGCAUGUUCCCCAGGACCGCGUUGGUAGGGUCUUGGGAGCAUUUGGGAUGCUGCAGGCUCUGGUCCGGGUCGUUGGCCCGGUUUUAUUCAACAGCCUGUAUGCCGCGACGGUCGCCACGUACCCCCAAGCCAUCUUUGUCGCCCUGGCCAGUCUUUUUAGUCUUGCCCUGAUCUGCAGCUUUUUAGUCACGCCUUUUGUUCACUGGGAAGAAGAUGCCGACCAAGAACCAGAGUCGCUGGACGGCCGCUCGACCGAAACCUUUGGCGCGAGUGGUUUGUAA